ACAUUUGAAUUGACAUUUUGACAAUCGAUGUACGUUUGUCGGAAUUUCGUGAUGUGUUUUUUUCCGACUUGUAUUGCGAGAUGAUUCGGUUCGCAGAUCUGUUUAUUAACUUUUAUUAAGAUCUUAAAUUCCAAUAUCUUUAAUCCUCAGUGGUCUUCCUAAGAUUUGUGUUUUCUUUAUCGUUUUGCGUCGGUUUCCGAGUCCUACGCAGCUCGUGAUAGGUUAUGUUGUGCCCUCCGUCUUUGCAGGUCGAAAAAUAAACACACAAUAUGGAUCCGAACAUCUACGCGUUGGUCCUCGACACCCUCAACCGGGCAACGAGCCAGGACACUGAGGUGUUGAAGCCGGCUGAGAAGAAACUUCAGGAAUGGGAGAUAGAGCCCGGCUUCUAUUCUGUUUUACUGGAUGUGCUCUCCAACCACUCCAUCGACAUAAACGUGCGAUGGCUGGCGGUGAUGUGCUUCAAGAACGGCGUCGACCGCUACUGGCGGCGGAACGCGCCCAACGCGAUCACGGACGACGAGAAACAGAAGCUCCGGCUCGGGCUCCUCACCACGAAUAUACUGAGCGAGCCCGUCACGCAGAUCGCGACGCAGCAAGCUGUGCUGAUAUCAAAAAUUGCCAGGUUUGAUUGCCCAACGAACUGGCCCAACCUAGUGCCAGAUCUUAUCGGAGCCUUGAAGGCGCCGCAGCCCUUAGUGCAGCAUAGGUCUUUGCUGAUCUUCCAUCACUUAGUCAAGGCCUUGGCCUCCAAGAGAAUGAUUGGAGAUAGGAGAAUUUUCCAGGAGCUAACAAACUCCGUCUACGCGUUCAUCCUAAACCUCUGGCACGAGAACACGGAAGUUUUCCUCCGUAACAUCCAAGAGGGCGCUGCCACCGAGCUGAUAACGGAACACCUGGAGAAGGCGCUCCUCUGCCUCAGGAUAUUGAGGAAACUCACCGUCUUUGGGUUCAAGAAGGCACACGAGAGCCAGGAUGCGGUCGCUUUCUUGAAUGUGGUGUUUGACAGGGCAAAGACUAGCUUGGAGUGCCGCAAGCUCCUCAAAGGCCGCGGGAUCUACCCCCUAGAACUAUGUGAGAAGUUCAUCAUCCACCUCACUAAAGUGGCACUAGGGGUGCUAAGUUUCCACCCUUUCUCUUACGUGCCUCUCAUCAGGCCUUCCCUGCAGUUUGCCUUGUACUAUUGCUUUACGGAACAAGGCAUGACCCUGGGCUAUGAAAGGUUCACUAUACAGUGCCUGAAUAUUGUCAAAGGUGUGCUUUUGUGCGCUGAGUACAAACUGCCUAAAGGCACGGAGCCGGUUAAAGAGCCAUUAACAUUAGAGGCGCACCAAGCCAAAAUGGAGGUUCUAGACCCGAAUACGGUCUGUCAUAUGUGCCGGCACCUGGUCAGCCACUACUUCGUGCUCAGCGCCGACGACCUGGCGCUGUGGGACGCGGAGCCCGAGAGCUUCGCCACCGACGAGGCGGGCGAAUCCUGGAAGUAUAGCCUGAGGACACACAAUAUGGAUCCGAACAUCUACGCGUUGGUCCUCGACACUCUCAACCGGGCAACAAGCCAGGACACCGAGGUGUUGAAGCCGGCUGAGAAGAAACUCCAGGAAUGGGAGAUAGAGCCCGGCUUCUAUUCUGUUUUACUGGAUGUGCUCUCCAACCACUCCAUCGACAUAAACGUGCGAUGGCUGGCGGUGAUGUGCUUCAAGAACGGCGUCGACCGCUACUGGCGGCGGAACGCGCCCAACGCGAUCACGGAGGACGAGAAACAGAAGCUCCGGCUCGGGCUCCUCACCACGAAUAUACUGAGCGAGCCCGUCACGCAGAUUGCGACGCAGCAAGCUGUGCUGAUAUCAAAAAUUGCCAGGUUUGAUUGCCCAACGAACUGGCCGAAUCUAGUGCCAGAUCUCAUCGGUGCCUUGAAGGCGCCGCAGCCCUUAGUGCAGCAUAGGUCUUUGCUGAUCUUCCAUCACUUAGUCAAGGCUUUGGCCUCCAAGAGAAUGAUUGGAGAUAGGAGAAUUUUCCAGGAGCUAACAAACUCCGUCUACGCGUUCAUCCUAAACCUCUGGCACGAGAACACUGAAGUUUUCCUCCGUAACAUCCAAGAGGGCGCUGCUACGGAGCUGAUCACGGAACACCUGGAGAAGGCGCUCCUCUGUCUCAGGAUAUUGAGGAAACUGACCGUCUUUGGGUUCAAGAAGGCACACGAGAGCCAGGAUGCGGUUGCUUUCUUGAAUGUGGUGUUUGACAGGGCAAAGACUAGCUUGGAGUGCCGCAAGCUCCUCAAAGGCCGCGGGAUCUACCCCCUAGAACUAUGUGAGAAGUUCAUCAUCCACCUCACUAAAGUGGCACUAGGGGUGCUAAGUUUCCACCCUUUCUCUUACGUGCCUCUCAUCAGGCCAUCCCUGCAGUUUGCCCUUUACUACUGCUUUACGGAACAAGGCAUGACCCUGGGCUAUGAAAGGUUCACUAUACAGUGCCUGAAUAUCGUCAAAGGUGUGCUUUUGUGCGCUGAGUACAAACUGCCUAAAGGAACGGAGCCGGUUAAAGAGCCACUAACACUAGAAGCGCACCAAGCCAAAAUGGAGGUGCUAGACCCGAAUACGGUCUGCCACAUGUGCCGGCACCUGGUCAGCCACUACUUCGUGCUCAGCGCCGACGACCUGGCGCUGUGGGACGCGGAGCCCGAGAGCUUCGCCACCGACGAGGCGGGCGAGUCCUGGAAGUAUAGCCUGAGGAUGUCUCAAGAUGGGGUGCUAGACCCGAGCACAGUGUGCCACAUGUGCCGGCACCUGGUCAGCCACUACUUCGUGCUCAGCGCCGACGACCUGGCGCUGUGGGACGCGGAGCCCGAGAGCUUCGUCACCGACGAGGCGGGCGAGUCCUGGAAGUAUAGCCUGAGGAUGUCUCAAGAUGGGGUGCUAGACCCGAGCACAGUGUGCCACAUGUGCCGGCACCUGGUCAGCCACUACUUCGUGCUCAGCGCCGACGACCUGGCGCUGUGGGACGCGGAGCCCGAGAGCUUCGUCACCGACGAGGCGGGCGAGUCCUGGAAGUAUAGCCUGAGGCCCUGCACCGAAGCGCUCUUCAUGGAACUGUUCCAGUUCCGCAACGUACUAGCUCCGGAGCUAGUACGUUUGCUAGCGUCGCUUCAACAGCAGCAGAUAUCACCGGACGACCUGCCCGCCAUACUGAAGACCGACGCCAUAUACAACGCGGUCGGGUUGGCCGCCUUUGACUUGUAUGACGACCAGCAGAUAUCGCCGGAUGACCUGCCCGCCAUACUGAAGACAGACGCCAUAUACAACGCGGUCGGGUUGGCCGCCUUCGACUUGUAUGACGACCUCCGUAUUACUAGCUCCAUAGUACCCGUACUAGCUCCACAGCUAGUACGGUUGCUGGCGUCGCUUCAACAGCAGCAGAUAUCGCCGGACGACCUGCCCGCCAUACUGAAGACAGACGCCAUAUACAACGCGGUCGGGCUGGCCGCCUUUGACUUGUAUGACGACGUUGACUUUGACGAAUGGUUUACAAAUGUGCUAAGCCAAGAGUUGAAAAUAAAGGACAAUAACUACAGAAUUAUUAGGAGACGAGUCUGCCAGUUGAUUGGUCAAUGGUGUGGAGUCCGAGCGUCUCAAUCGCUCCGGCCAGCGAUGUACGAAGCGCUGCUAGAACCUCUUUCGAGGCCAGACGAGGACGCGGCAGUGAAGCUGGCAGCGGCCGAAGCGUUGCGAAGCACGAUAGACGACUUCAACUUCGACGUGAAACAGUUUGCUCCGUACGCGCCUCACGCGAUCGCAGCGCUUUACGAGUUGUUGGUGGAGUCCGAAGAGUGUGACACGAAGAUGCACGUACUACACGUGGUGUCUUACAUAAUGGAACGCUGCGGCGCGCACGUGGCACGUGGAGGUGGCACAGGCGCUUUGUUUGCGUACUUACCCCAGUUAUGGGGGCACGCGGCGUCUGCGCACCAUAAUAUGCUGCGAGCAGCCGCGCUUGCAGCUAUACAUCAUCUACUGAAGGCGCUAGGCGAAUGUUCUCCCACCAUCCGACCAUGGAUCCUGAGCGUUGUGAACGAGUCCACCAAGCUAUCGGAACCGGCACACGUGUAUCUUCUUGAAGAUGCUUUAGAGCUAUGGCUGGCCAUACUGGAGACGUCACAAGUGGCCGAUCCGCCUCUAUUACAGCUGGCUGAUAAUCUUUAUCCGAUAUUAGAACAGUCUUCCGAGCACCUCCGAAUCGUGGUCUACAUAAUGCAAGCCUACACUCUUCUCUGCCCAGAAGAGUUCCUCCUUGGCCCUGGAGGGAAGUGCAUGGCCCUCCUAGACGAGUUACUAGCGGACAUGCGGACUGAAGGAGUGAUUACCGUGUUGAAAAUGGCGGAGAUUUGCAUCAGCGUGACGUUUCCGGAGCGGAACGCGUUCUUGGGAGUGAAGGUCAUAUGGCCGAUACUGAUUAGGGUUAUACAUUUACUCCUAGAUACCAAUGACCUCCCAAUGGUCCUAUCAGUGCAGCUGUGUUUAGUAUCGCGAGUGAUACUGCUAUCCUCUGAGUUAUUCUACAAGGCGAUACAAGAGGCGUCAGUCGGACUGGUGGAGUAUGACUCGGACCCGGCUAAAGUCCUGGCCAGGUUUCUACACGUUUGGACAGACAAAAUGAACCUAGUCACGCAGGUCGAAAGGUGGAAAGUUGUUGGUCUCGGUUUGGCGGCGCUUCUUACGACGCAGAACCCGACGGUGCUACAACGGUUCCCAGCAAUCCUGCUUAACCUCACGGAGGUGUUGAAUGACGUCAUGAAGACGGAGGACAAUGGCACGUAUGUCGAUGGGCUGGUAGCCCCGCCCGGGUCGCGACCGGCGUCGCCGCUAGAAGGCCGCGGAGGCGCCGCUCGCUGGGGCCAGGCGCCGCCGCCCGACUCGCCGCACGAGCUGCGCCGGCGCCGGUUGGCCGCCGCUCAUCCCGCCCACGCGAUUGAUCUGCGCGCCGUUACGCAUCAUCAG